AUGCCUCAGAGACAAAAAUCAGCCUUAGUUACCGGCGCUUCGUCCGGAAUUGGGUAUGCCACCUCAAUCGAACUCGCUAAGAGAGGCUACAAGGUUUUCGCUGGAGCCAGAAGAUUAGAACCAAUGCAACCAUUGCAAGAUACCUACGGAAUCCAUAUUUUCAAAUUGGAUGUACUGUCGCUUGAAAGCGUAAAGGGCGCAAAGAAGUAUAUUGCAGAGGAAACUGGUGGUUAUUUAGACAUCUUAUAUAACAAUGCCGGUCAAUCAUGUACCUUCCCAGCAAUCGAUGUUACUGAUGACUACUUCCAACAGUGCUACGAAGUUAAUGUUUUCGGGCCAAUGAGACUAGUUAGAGAAUUGAGUCCUCUCAUUAUCAAUGCCAAGGGUGUAAUUGGAUUCACAGGGUCUGUUUCCGCUUUGGUCCCUUUCCCAUUCUCAUGUGUCUACUCAUCUUCCAAGGCUGCAAUUCACCAGUACGCUGCUACAUUGAAAAUUGAAAUGAAGCCUUUUGGCGUCAGAGUUGUAAACGUUGUCACUGGAGGUGUAAACACUCAUAUAGAAGAGAAAAGGUCCCCACCACCGAAAUCGUUGUUUAAUGUCAACGGGUUCGAAGAAGCCCUUGUGGAAAGAAAGCAAAUGGCCGUUAGGAACAAACCAAUUGAACCUUCAGUGUAUGCAUUCCAAGUGGUGAAUGAUUUUGAAAACAAAUGGUCAGGUUUGAAUGUCUACAGAGGUAAAAUGGCAGUCUUGCUUAAAUUUGUGCUGCUUUUUGUUCCAAGAUUUCUUAUCGAACUCUAUUUCAUUAGAAAGUUUAAGUUGACCUCAGUUUACCAAUUGGUAAAAGAAAAAUACAGCAAGAAGAAACUUGAGUAG